UAGCGCAUUUUCAAUUUCUGGCAACAAGUAGAAUAAAAAAAUUUCUUUUUAUAUUUGUUGUUCCCACCUUUGCCGAAUUUAACAACAUCAGUUUCUGUCGGUUGCACAGAGAAAGUAAAUAUAUACAAUGGGUGAUGUUGACAAAUGGAUUGAGAUAGUGAAGGAGUGCAAAUAUCUGCCGGAAAAUGAAUUGAAGAAACUUUGUGAUAUGGUCUGUGACAUACUGUUGGAGGAGACAAACAUACAGCCCGUGAGCACGCCCGUCACCGUCUGCGGCGACAUUCACGGCCAGUUCUAUGAUCUGGAGCAAUUGUUUCGCACGGGCGGCCAAGUGCCCGACACGAAUUACAUAUUCAUGGGCGAUUUUGUGGAUCGCGGCUAUUACAGCUUAGAGACAUUCACACGCCUGCUCACGCUAAAGGCGCGCUAUCCCAGUCGGAUCACAUUGCUGCGCGGCAAUCAUGAAACACGUCAGAUCACCAAGGUUUAUGGUUUCUUCGAUGAGUGCUUUAGCAAGUAUGGCAAUGCGAAUGGCUGGAAAUAUUGCUGCAAAGUCUUUGACUUGCUCACAAUAGCGGCGAUCAUCGAUGAGGAAGUGCUCUGCGUACACGGCGGCCUAAGUCCGGAGAUUAUAACGCUCGAUCAAAUACGCACAAUCGAACGCAACGGCGAAAUACCCUAUAAGGGUGCUUUCUGUGAUCUUGUGUGGUCCGAUCCCGAGGACAUGGAAUACUGGGGCCAAAGUCCGCGUGGCGCCGGCUGGUUAUUUGGUCACAAUGUGACCAAGGAUUUCAUGAGCAUCAACAACUUGGAUCUGAUAUGUCGAGCACAUCAGCUGGUCAACGAGGGCAUCAAAUACAUGUUCGAAGGCAAACUGGUCACAGUUUGGUCCGCGCCCAACUAUUGCUAUCGCUGCGGCAAUGUCGCUGCCAUCCUGAGCUUUGAUACGGCGCAGGAGCGACAGACACAGAUAUUCCUGGCUGUGCCCGAUUCGGAACGUGUCAUCCCUAAACAGAAUACGACGCCUUAUUUCUUGUAAAAAACAAAACAAAACACAAACGAAAAGCAUGCAAAUCGACUAAAAGCACUUCAACAGUCAAUCAACCAAAUCCUAUUGCCGUUCCAGCUGCAAAUCGCAGAGCAGCACACACACACAGACAGAUACACACACACACUCACGUAUUCUCAAUUAUGCUCAACAACAAAAUAGCAACAAAUCCUUGUAUUUAGUUUACGACUUUUCUUUUAAACAAAAGGUCGCUGGCUCUUUUUCUCUUCAGCAUUUCUUUCCUUCUAUCUUAUUUUUUUUGUAUAAUUUAAAUUUAUAAUUGUUUAAUUUUCUACAAAAGUUAUUCAAAUUUAAUGUGUGGCACUUAAGCUAAACAAACAAAAAACUGAUUAAAACCGAAAGACAUUAUAGAACAUGCCGUGUUUUCUUUUCGACGUUUCAAAAUAAUAAAAAAUAAAAACAAAAUAAA